AUGGAUGAUACCAGCGAGAACGAGGCAGCUCUUCUCGAGGGCUGUGUUGCCUGCGAAGAGUUGGCGCUUGCGAAACAGACAGGGGUGAAUGAGACGAUGGUGAACGAUAGGACCGCCGAGGCGCCGAUUUCUGUCGGAGCUCGUGACGGGGGCCUUAUGCGAACUGUUGGACCGUUUCCCGUGAACGAGGGCGCCAGUACCUCAGGCAUACAGAUCGGUGGGGGUAGGGCCAGGAGGGCUCCGAGUUACGAUUCUGACGUAACAUUAGAGUCAGACGAUGACGAUGCCGAUGACGAUGACGAGACACAGACAGCUUCCGACGUGAAGUUUGAAUUCGACGACGAUGCUGAUGACGACGAGACAGAGGGUGCAUACUCUGGAAACAUGGGCAGAGAAUCGGAGCUGGAGAGUAAAGCUGCGAGCGAGAAGGAAUCAAAUCAGGCAUCCGAUGACGGGGCUGAUUUACUGGGUAACCGUUUCACGGUUAUCGAUGAAUCAACGAAAUUCAUUCGUAAAUUCGCGGUCACAGGGCGUGAGUUGCGAAUGAAGAUCGCGGCCCCUGAAUCGGGUGUUAAUCUGGUGGAGUGGCUGGAGGACGCGUUCAGAAAUCUGCAUGCGUAUGCCGUAGCAACGUGUCGGCGUAGCGACUACAUAGGUUUCACGUUUAGCGCGGAGAGUUUUAAUCAUGGUCCUGCGUGGUUAUCGUUCCGGUCGGUGAGGGAUUCGCGGUACAGUGACCUCUGGAAGUUAGUUUUCAGCGUAGCCCAGAGCGUAUCAGAGUUUGGCGUCGACAGCGUCUUUACCGUGACGGUACACAGUGUUGGAGUACCAGAGGGUCGCGGAAAGCCGAAGCUGAUCACGCACGCGGGGGUACUUAAAAAAUCCGUCGUCCAGAUUGUCAACAGUGAGGGGUUGUGUUCACCUCGUGCCCUCGUUGUAACCAAGGCUCACGCCGAAAGAGGCCCGAACCGCAGUGGCUCUCUGCACGAGCAUUACGAGAUGGUGAGAUUCGCUAGGUCCAGUUUCCGGCGUGCAGAAGCGCGUAAUCUUGUUGCGAACGCCGGUGUCGAGAUUCCGCCAACGGGGUGCACAGUGCAUGAAAUCGCACAGUUCCAGAACUAUCUGGCACGCAAGGGAUUCCUCAUCACAGUGUACGAGUUGGGGAGGCUAGGUACCGGCGAAGCGGCAUUUUACGACGGUACUGCUGUGGUGAGAGCAAACGGAACAGGCGAUGUCAGGCACCGAUUGAAUCUGUUGUAUUAUUCCGAAGAACAGCAUUAUUGCGCAAAUGUAAAUUUAACCGCGGCGGCAGCAGGGGCCUUUUUCUGUCAACCCUACAAUAGGAAAUUUAACAACGGGUACGAACACCGAUGUUUCGUCAAGUGCCCACAGUGCCUCGCAUCGCCACCGUGCAACAGCGAGUCUCGCAAAAUCGAGUGUCCCGAUUGCAGACGCGUGUUCCGCGGUAACAGUUGUCUGGAGUACCACCGCAGGAUCGGCUCCUUCAGUCCGCGUCGCUCCGUUUGUGCAACGCUGCGUAUAUGCCGGAAUUGCGAGCGAUUCGUAAAUCUUUCGCGGAGGGCACACAUUUGUGAAACUCGUUUUUGCGUCACGUGCCGCUGCAACAGACCGUACUAUCACUACUGCUUCAUGACGCCGCUGAAAGACGCAACAAGACCGAAACGUUGCAUCUUCAUUUUUUAUGAUUCCGAAACGCAGCAAUGCGAGACGGUAGACGGUGACACGACGACAAACAUACAUGUGCCGAACUUGUGCGUAGCGCAACAAGUGUGUACGCAAUGUAUCCACGAUCCCGAUAUAUCGAACGGCUGUUUUGCUUUCGGGCUCGUACGUGAGUUCGUUUUCAGGAGGGAACCGACGAAGGGGUUGGUAGACUUUGCUACUCGGCCCGUUCAGGACUUUGCCCGCAUCGUUUGCAUUGCGCACAAUGCAAAAGGUUUUGACGCGCAAUUCAUGCCGCGGCAUAUGGUUGAGCGGGAUGGAAACCCACCGCAGGUCAUCCUAAGCGGCAGUAAGAUCAUUAUGCUCGGAGCGGGUCACACCCGAUUUCCAGAUUCCGUAGCAUACAUGCCUAUGGCAUAA